AUGGCGAUUUCACCCAUCCCUCGAUCCACUACAAUACUUGUUAUAGGUGGAGGCCCCGCUGGAUCGUAUGCAGCGACUGUCCUAGCUCGAGAUGGCUUCGACGUUGUCGUUAUGGAGAGGGAGCACUUCCCCCGUUAUCACAUUGGAGAGAGCAUGCUCCCGUCUUUUAAGACAUUCUUGUCGUUCAUUGGCGCCAGGGAGAAGGUCGAACGACGAGGUUUUAUCGUCAAGCCAGGGGCCGCUAUAAAGCUCAAUCAGUUCAAACAGGAAGGCUAUACAAACUUUGUCGCAUUUGACAAAGAGAAUAGUGCCUGGAACGUCGUUCGCUCCGAACUUGAUGAGAUCCUUCUACGACACGCAGCGGAAAGUGGCGCCCAUGUAUACGAAGGAGUCACGGUCAAUGAGAUCCAGUUUUCACCUAGCGACCCUGCUGUCCCGGUAUCGGCCUCUUGGACGACCAAAACCGGGCAACGCGGCAACACUUCUUUCGAGUGGCUUAUUGAUGCAUCGGGAAGAACCGGGAUUAUGUCAACCAAAUAUCUCAAGAACCGCACGAUGAAUUCAUCGCUUCGGAAUAUCGCCUUUUGGUCAUACUGGAAAAAUCCUGGAAUGUACUCUCCUGGAACUGAGAGAGAGAAUGCUCCAUGGUUUGAGGCCUUGACUGAUCAAUCCGGUUGGGCGUGGUUUAUCCCUCUACACAACGGUACAGCCUCCGUUGGAAUAGUUCAAGAAGAACGGAUAAGUCGUGCAAAACGAGCGGAAAUGUUACUCGGACCCGAGGAAGACAAGUCGUCGAAACAUUAUCUAGAACAGCUCAAGCUAGCACCUGGGCUUCUACGCUUUUUGGAAAAAUCAACCUUCACCGGAACAGUCAAAAGUGCGGGAGACUACAGCUAUGCAGCCAACCGGUACGCAGGUCCCCGAUUCCGUAUCGCUGGUGACGCUGGUGCUUUCAUUGAUCCUCUAUUUUCGUCUGGAUUGCACCUCGCCUUCACCAGUGCACUUUCGGCUGCCUGCACAGUCGCGGCAGCUAUCCGCGGGCAUUGUACAGACGAGGAAGCUGGUGCUUUCCACACCACGAAAUUUGGAACAUCAUACACACGAUUCUUAGUUGUCGUUUGGGCGGCGUAUAGACAGAUCAAGUCCCAGUCGGACCCAAUUCUGUCCGAAGUAAAUGAAGAUAAUUUUGACAGGGCGUUCAACUUCCUUCGACCCGUGAUUCAAGGAUCGACCGAAUCAGACCCUCAACUCACUGACAAGGAGCUGGACGAGGCAAUCGAGUUCUGUAAGCACGCAAUUGCGCCUACAGAUCCGGAAAUGGUUGCGAAAGUGUCGAAACGGAUUGAUCCCAAGCUCGUCGCGCUCACAGCUCCAGUGAUGAACCCGAAGGUGGUAGAACAACUCAUGGGUGAAGAUGAUGAGGCCAAACAGGUUCUGUGGAAGGUCAAUUCGGACAAGGCGCUAGGUAUCAUAUUCAGUGAGCAGAACAGUUUCCGUUCUGAAGUUGUGAACGGAUUCUGUGCAAACUUGGAACGAGGUUCGAUUGGCCUAUGUAAGGCCUGA